AUGGACCCGACUAACUCAAAUGAGGAGACCAGUACCACCGGAGCUGAUCAAGAGCGACCAUCGUGCCAAGGCUGUCGGCGGCGCAAAUUGAAAUGCUCCAGGGAAUCUCCGACAUGCUCACAAUGCAACCGAUUGGAAUCUCCAUGUAUUUAUGACACCAAAAGGAGCAAGCCAGGAUUGAAAACCGGCGCAGUUGAGGGCUUGAGUCGUCGAAUCGAGGUACUCGAGGAUACGCUUAGAGAGGUUCAGGCACGAGGUAGUGGCUCUUCAGGUGGUGGAAAUCAACCAUCGAGCCCCGAGAAUGGUCGUUUAGAUGGGGUGGUGAACCUGCUCUCUACAGUGUGUCUGGAACUGUGCAAAUUCAACAGCCGAAAUACUCGCGCAACAAACGACUCAACCUCCGAGCGGAUCUAUCAGCACUCGCCAGGCUCCGAACGCGAUGGUUCAUUGGAUUCGCCGGUUACACACCAGCCCCGGAAGAGGCGAAGAGUUGAUACUUGUGGCAAUCCAAAUAUCGAACUACAACUGCCCUUGGAGGAUCUGGAGGCUACAUCAAGUCUGCCUGCACCGGACGUACUCGAAGAAAUUGUGGAUACAUACUUUGAGAGAGUUCAUCCUUGGAUCCCCAUUAUCCACGAAACUCGAUUUCGACGGCGAAUGCAUGAUCCAGAUCAAAGAGGAUCUUUGGUUGUCAUUCUUCAUGCGAUAUUGGUGGCAGCUAUCCGGUUCAAAUGCUCCAGUAGUAGCACUGCAUCUCAAGUUGACGCAGAGUCAAGGGCCAGGAGGUCGAGGAGUAUCGUUGUAUUGACAGCGAUGGAUAGUCUUUCAGUUGAGAAUCUACAGGCUUUGAUCAUCAUUGCUUUCGACGAUAUCGGGAAUGGAAAUACCUCUCGAGCGUGGUCAAUUGUCGGAUCACUGACGAGGACUGUGGAAUACCUACGACUCAGCGUGGAAGACGAAGAUCAUGAUACCCAAAGGCUACUCAAACCUUUACUUUCUCUGCCACCUUCUCGUAAGUGGGUAGAGGAAGAGGAGAGGAGGCGGGUGUUCUGGAAUAUAUUUAAUUUAGACCGAUUCUGUUCGGUUGCAACGGGUUGGAACACGAGUCUUACUGCAGAUGAUGUCCAUCGAAGACUGCCCGCAGACGGGGGGCUUUGGCAUCGGGAAGAGCAAGUAACGACGCCAUUCUUUGGAAUCUGGGAUCGAUCAGAAGCCCGAAUCGGAAAUUCAAUUGCUUUUCUACCAGCUCAGUACUCGAGUAUCCCGAAGAGCCCCGAGUCGCCAACCGAAUCCCCGGCACAAUAUGGAUCCCCACAAUUGGCGUCCCCGGGCACAACACAACCAGACAUGUCAACUGUGGGGGCAUUUGCCUAUUGUGUAGAGGCAACGGAAUCCCUAAGUCGAGUUACAACAUUCUUUCUCCAACAGAAAAUCAACUUUCAUGACCGACGUGAGGUUAGCAGCUGGCUAACCCGGUUCAAAGAGUUGGACCUCCGCCUUGUACAUUGGAAGAUGUUUCUUCCCCAGAAAUGGAGGGAUUCAAAUAUUUCGCGCCAACCAACAUUGGUUAAUAUGGAUCCAAAUCUUACACUUGCUCAUGUCACUCACAACACAUCGAUGAUUCUUCUGCAUCAGCGUAUAGGAUAUCCACCUGCAGAGUGGGCGAAUAUUGUUCGACUUCCCAGCGUCUGCAGUGCUGAGACAUGCCAAAAUGCCGCAAUUGAGAUACAGAAUAUGACGGCCAAAUAUUUGGACAAUACUCAUAUAAUCCAUCCCGUGUCUAACCAAUUCGUCUUCUGCGUAUUUGUCGCGGCUCGUGUUCUGCUAGUUCACUGGCGAUACUAUAACACCGAGCUUACACAAGAGCUCUGGUAUCUAGUUGAUAGUCUUGAGGAGAUGGCGAGAAGGUGGCGCGGAUCUACUUCACUGGCUUCAUUACAGAAUCGUUGCCUGGCUAGCACCUAUGCAGACCAUCUCCGUGAUCUUCAUCGGCGCUGCUUAGCUGCUCCAAAUUUUAACGUGGAUGUACUGGGAUACUCGACUGUUAUUUCAAAUCACCAUGCCCCGUCUAGUACUGGGUCUGUGGUAUCUCAUCGUUCUCCGUUGGCUCAGCAACAUCAGCAGUACCCAAGAAAUUCGCCGCAAAACACCCCUCGCCCAAGUUUUCCUCAAGAGGUCAAUACAGGAAUAUCACACUCUGCAACACAAUGGACUCAUACUGAUGACUUUGUUGCUCCUCAACAUGCAAAUGCACAACUUGAUCAAGCCAUUAGGAACUACCCCGUCAAUGGUCACAAUCAAGCGGAUGAACUCUCAAAUAUAUCCUAUCUCCUCCUUGAUCAGCAAUUUAUGGAUAUGGAUCGUGUUAUAAGUUUGGAUGACAUGAUGUUCACAAAUACUAUGGCAUCCAUGAAUGCAGGAACGGAAGGUCAAUUGUCAGGGGUGAAUGGCCAGAUGUAA